AUGAACCCGGCAGGCGUACAGCCUUACUGUAAUCCUAUCACCUCACUUCCAGUCGAUACUUCCAUCCCCAUCCCGCUCAAGUCGCUGAAAGAUCGCACGCUUGUCAUAACUGGCGGAGCCUCUGGGAUCGGAGCGUCUAUUGCGGUGAAGGUCGCCGAGAAUGGCGGCAAUGUCAUUAUCGGUGAUGUCAAUACGACCCUUGGACAAGAACUCGUUGCAUACAUUCGGAGGACAACCAAGUCGGACAACCACCAUUGCCUUCACCUCGAUGUGACCUUAUGGCAGUCCCAAGUGUCCUUCUUUGCAGAGGCUGUGUCCCUCUCACCCCACGGUGGCCUCGAUUGUAUCAUAGCAAAUGCGGGCAUAGCAAAUUUGACAGAACAGAAAGCCUUUGAAGAGCCGAUUCACCCUUCGCUGCUUGACACCACCAAGGCCCCACCGUACAGGACCUUCAGUGUCAAUGCUCUUGGUGUCCUCUACACCACCGACAUUGCCUUAUCUUAUCUGAAGCACAAUCCGGGAUCGUCUAAAUGCGAACUCACCGCGAGCGACGGUCCUCGUGACCGCCAUCUUCUCCUCGUGAGCUCUAUUGCUGGUGUGGCGGCCGUUCCAACUCAGAGUAUCUACGCAGCAGCAAAACAUGCUGUUGUCGGGCUUUUCCGCGCCCUUCGCGUCACGGCGCCCAUCACUGCUGGUGUUCGGGUGAACAUGAUAAACCCUUACUUCACGGAUACGCCUAUCCUGGGUCCGGAAGGCCCGCUCGUUAUGGCUGGCGCUGCCAUGGCAAGGAUAGACGAUGUGACGAACGCGGCGGUGCGGCUUAUAGCGGACAGGAGCAUCGUCGGAAGAGCGUUACUGAUUGGGAGCAGGGCCACGAAAGCAGAAGUCGAGGCUGCAGGCGUGGACUGGGUUGAGAACGAUCAGUAUGGAAAUGCCGUUCGGGAUAUCAUGGGAGAUGACUGGAAGCAGACGGAUGUGUUCGUGAGACGGUUGAUCGGUGUAACGAAUCUGGUCAGUGCAGGCAAAGGAUGGGUUGGCCUUGUAGCGGACAUCAUUGCAUUCUUUGUACAUGGUAUGUUCAAGCUAAUGGGCAGGUGA